UUUACUGCGUGUGUUCAGUUUUUUAUUUCAGGUUUUCAGUUCUGUAUUUUUUUUGCGUUGCUCUUCGGUGCUUUUCCAUUUCCCCUGGCAUCGCUCCUUGUUCAGUGGUAUUCAGAGAGUUUUUUCUUUUUAUUAAGACCCCCUCCGCGCGUGUUGGAUAAAUAGAGAAUGUCCCGCGUGGAAAUCAAGAGCACAGCGGAAUUUGAUGAGUUCUUGAAGAACCAUGGCGAGAAUUUAUCUGUGGUGUACUUUUGGGCAUCGUGGGCCGUACAGUGCCAGCAGAUGAGCGACAUCGUCGACGAACUGGCCAAAGACUCCCGACUCUUCACCGUCAAAUUCCUCGCCGUGGAAGCGGAGAAGCUGCCCGUCCUCUGUCAGAAAUACUCCAUUGACUCCGUGCCCGCGUUUAUCUUCAUACGGAACGGCAAGGAAAUCGACAGGUUAUCGGGCGCCAAUGGUCCGGAACUGAAUCGGAAAAUACGCUAUUUGGUGGAUAAUUAUGUUCCUGAUGCAUCUAUUGCCAAAAAGGAUUUGGACAGUCGACUUCGGGAUUUGAUCAGUUACGAUAAAGUGAUGCUGUUUAUGAAGGGAACACCUGCCGAGCCCCGCUGCGGUUUCAGCCGACAGAUCGUUGCCAUUCUCAAUGAGCAUUCUGCUAAAUACGGCACAUUCGAUAUCCUGUCGGAUACUGAUGUUCGCGAGGGAUUGAAAAAGUUAUCAAAUUGGCCAACCUAUCCGCAGUUGUAUAUUAAUGGCGAACUGGUCGGUGGCCUGGAUAUCGUGAAGGAACUACAGGCUUCCGGUGAACUGGAUCAGAUGCUGGUCAAGACCGAGAGCUUGGAAGACAGGCUGCGCCAGUUGACGCAUAAGCAACCUGUGAUGCUGUUCAUGAAGGGCAAUCCGGAUGUACCCAAGUGUGGAUUUUCACGACAGAUUAUUCAGAUUCUCAAUGAUACCAAGGUGCAUUAUGGGACGUUCGAUAUCCUGGAAGAUCAGGAUGUACGGGAGGGAUUGAAGAAGUUCUCCAACUGGCCCACGUAUCCGCAGCUGUACGUUAAGGGACAGCUGAUCGGGGGUUUGGAUAUUGUUAAGGAACUGGUGAAUUCGGGCGAACUGGAGUCGACUUUGAAAGCCGCAUGAGAGUUGAUCGAUCAAUGCGCUGAUUGGGUUUCUUAUCAGAUUUCCUCACACUGUCUUUGCUUGGAACGUGUGUUAAGUAUUCGACUAGUUCUUGUGUACUACGACGUUAUGAUUUAAAUUUGAGUCGCAGAUAUUCGAGGGAUUUUUUACUAAAUUUUUAAACGCGAUUGGAUAUGUUUGCCUUUCUUAAACGAUUUGCUAAUCCAGUGUCGACGAUAAUGUUUUACAAAAAUGCAAUAAAUUGUAAACGGAAACGGAUGUUUUUAAUGGUAU